CUUAUCGACAUCUGCAUCAGGAAUUGUGGCCCAAGAUUUCACUCCCUCGUUGUCAGGAGAGAGUUUGUGAAGGACGUCCUGGCCAAAGUACUGAAACCAAAGUACAACGCACCCGUUGACAUCCAGAACCACAUCCUGCACCUCAUCCAGUCAUGGGCGACCACCUACCAUGGGCCAGUGAAUAUGAGUGAUGUGCAGGAACUCUACGUGGAAAUGAAACGGAAAGGGUUAAUCUUCCCAACACAGGACGAGGGAUCAACUGGCUCCUGGAAAAGUGAUAGGACGUUAGCCUCACGGGGUCAUACCUCACUGUCUACAUCCAUAUCGAAAUCGUCACUCCCCUCAUCAGCAAACACCCGCACUCCCCAGCCCAGGAACUCCAUCAGGCUGCUCCCGGAGCAGGUUGGUAAACUCUACAGUGAGCUCGAUAUGGUGACAAUGAACAUUUCUGUUCUGUCUGCCAUUCUGCUGGAGAAUAUCCCAGGCUCUGAGAAUCCUCAAGACAUGGAGCUGUUAGAGAAACUGCAGUUGACGUGCCGUGCCAUGCAGGAGCGGAUCAUGGUGCUGCUGCUGGAGGUGGAUAAUGUGGACGUGCUCACCAGACUGAUCGAGGCCAACGAUGCACUGAACAACACCUUCCUGCAGUACGAGAGGUUUCAACGGCGAAGGGAGAGGUUCAGGCUGAUGGAGAAUGAGGUUCCGAGGUCACUGAAGGAUUCUGGUAUUGAGCCCUCAGCUCCCAGCUCAACUUAUGAUCUGAUCAACCUCACAUGCUCUGCUCCAGCCACUCCGGGUCCUCCAUGUCUGCCUGAGUUCUCCAGCCUGAGUCUUGAAAAUGGAAUCUCUGAUGCGAGGGGUACAGGCCUGUGUGCUGCCAACCCCUUCCUCAGGAACAGGGCCCUCCCUGAUAUCCCAGUGCGCAAUGCAGCAAACAUUCAGCAGCCACG